GAGCAGUCACGUACAUGUGAGGAGGACAGUCUGCUGAGGUUUGGGUGUCCAGGAUAAGGAUGGGGCAGGGGACGUCUGUUCCAGAAGACGUAGAGCAAGCCGUGGAGGUGCUGUCGACGAUCAGCGGUAAGGAGAGCCUCGCGUUAUUGGACGCUCCGUCGCACCACAUUACUGCUUAUCACAUCUCACGUCAUCUCAUCUGUGGUUCUGUUGAAAGCAAAACGUACAUUAACACAUCUUUAUAGUCUUCUCCAGGUAUCCAAGUUAGCUUUUUCAGUCCUUUACAUAUGAUAUUUUGUACAGAAGUCAAUCUGUGCUUAUUUAUAUUGUUCACAAAUAUGCACGUAGUGCUUGAAGCCAGUUGCUUGAGAGGUUAGUCGCAGCAUUUAUGAAUUCUAAACAGCAGGUGUUGGAGUUAGUCAGCUGGGGCCAGUUUCACAAAAGCAAUUUGCCAGCAUCUGCAAUUGAUGCCAGUGUCCUGUCUCACAAAUCAUUGUCAUUCGCAAAUUACAGAUACCGAGUUCACAUGUUCACACAGUUGAGCAUUUCACUGGAGCAGUCAAAUUGCUAAUUAUUUAUUAAUACAAAUCGCAGCUUAUGUGUGAAGCAAAUCUCGUGGUUUAUUAAAAAAAUAAAUGAUUUAUGAGCUUCUAGAAGAAGUAGGAUAACUGCAAUUCUGCCCAGAUAUACUAUAUUUAAUGAGUUUACACCCAAUCACAGAGCAGACAGUUUGGCAGGAUUUGCAGCAGAUGAGCAGAAAUAUUAGAAUCUAUUGACAUAAUUUGCUCAUAUGAUAUUUUAAGACAAGAUAACUGCGAAGAAGACUUUAUUUAGUAUGCCUAAUGCAAGAUUUUGUUUUGGUGAAAGGAGCUCUGUUUUUGAAUACUUGUGCUCACGAUUCACAGUGCAAAGUGAUAUUCAUUUAUCACGUACACUGGGUGUUGGUGCAGUGCCUCAGUUCAUCUAUAGACAAAUGAGGUGUGAAUGACAAAAACAAAACAAAAAGAACAACAAAAAAUACUAUUAGGCUACAAGAAUUUGCCACAAAGGAGACGUCGGUUUCCGUGCCACCAUAGUGUAGUUAAUGGUCUCAGCAUUGCUCCUCUUAUAAAGAUCGUCUAGCUUUGCUACUGGUUAUUAACCCUGUAAUGCCAAAUGUAUCAUCUUUGAUACAUAGUUUGUUUAGACCUCUACAUCAGCAGUGUGAUGAGAUUUAUUCAUUGCUUUUUUUUUAGUCCUAACUGACCUACAUGUUUAUGUUAUGUUUUAAUUUAUUUUAAGAUAAACUGUGAGCACAAAUUGCACAGAAAUGCUGGGUGUAGCACAAAUGAUACAAAUUCAAACUCAUAUAUGCAGUUAGAUUUUAUUUGUGAUCAGACUAUUCAAUAAACACUCUGGUUUCACAAGAAAAAUAAAUAAAUCAUAUAUUUUUGGCAAAUAUUUCACAGUUCAGGCUUUACAGGGUCAGGUCCUCUAAAUUUUAUAUAUUUUUUUUAAUUUCAAUUUUUUUUUUACAUUUAUUUAAAUAAUUUUUUUCAAUUUAAAUUGUCAUCUUCAAAUGACUUCAGCUAUCGACUUGGUAAUGGUCUUUAAUACAAGCCCUGUACCUCGUGCUGGACAUAAUGUUGUCUAAUGUGUUGAGCCUGCAGCCUUUCUUUGCGUAUUUAACUCUGCUUUUGCGUCAGCUUAAAAACUGCGCUCCUCUUAUUUGGAAACGUAACAGUUACACAAUAAGGGCAUGAAAGAUUGUAACAUUGCUAAAUAUUACACCAAGUAAUUGUCCCAAAGUUUCCAGGAGCACUUAAGUCGGACAAUGGGCUUUACCAGGAAUAAGGCGGGAUAAUUCAGUUUGUUGUCAGUGUGAUUACGUCUGCAGACGGUUUCAGUUGGAGGGAAUAGGUUUUUGAUCUUUUGGAUUGCUACUUGAUUCAUUAAUAAAUCUAAUUGUGCAGAAUGCCACAUAAUGAAAAGUGCAUGACCACCUUUUGCUUGCGCGCUUUGUACUUUUUAAAUUGGGAAAUGCUUGUGCGAUUGUGUGAUGAUGAUUUAAGUGAAAUAAAGGUAAUGCGAUACUCUAAAGGUGGUGGAGAUCUUUGCAGAUGGCACCAGUGUAAUUUUAGUUUCCUUCCCUAUCACCGGUACCACAGUGCCACAGUCAGAAGCUCCCAUUGUCUGAGCUGCAUGCUUAUUAGAGCUUUUUGACUCCUCAUGAUCUAUAAAUGAAUAAUAACUUUUAAAAAAGCAGUUGAGGAAUUUGGUUAAGAAAAUGAAACUAUGUGAGAGUUAAGUCCUUGUGUUGGAUAGAAGUGGUGAAAAACACUGUGGUAUGCUCAUAAACCACUUGCUGCUACUUGCACGUAAAUGUGCAGUAAAUAAAUAGUUUGAGUUUACUUUUAUCUCCAAACGGCCAACCCAGAGUCAGUCUCAGCCUGUGAUAUAUGACACCCGUGCACGUAUUGCUGAGCCAGUUGCAAUUAGCUGGAGAGGGAUUUAUGUCUUAGCUCACCCUCCACCCCUCUUUUCCUGCGAUAAACGCAGCCCAGACAUGGAGUGAGAUAAAUAAUCACACACUCUGCAGUCUAAUCGAGGAGAGGAAGAGGAAGGCAGCUUAAAAGACGCCUCACGAAGAAAAAGAAAAGAAAGGAAGCUCACAGAGAUGGUACGAACUGCUCUCUGAAGGAAAGAUGUCUCUAUUUGAGAUGGUUCAGGAGAGCCAAGAGGUGUUCAAUAAACUGCUCCACAGUCUGUCUGUAUCCAUCAGCGUGUUGACCCGACAAACACACCACAGUCUGAGCCAUCAGCCGACCUGGAGGAGAGAUGACAUCGUGCAAAAGGAUGAUACUCCUAUGUAUGCAGCACAAAUCGGCUCUGAACUCCAGAAACAGUUUGCCAUCCUGCCAGGGGGGCGAGGGAUGAAUGGAAGCCCCGUCAUCGUCUUCCCAGAAUUCCCAAGUUUCAGCGAGCUAGAAGAGGAGGAGCUCCAAAAUGUCCUCAGCUACCUCACGAGUGUCCCCAGUGUGGAAGCAUCAGGAGUGGGUUUCAUCCUGGUCAUCGACAGACGGCUGGACCGAUGGGCUGCUGUCAGGGCCACCCUGCUCCGCAUCGCAGGUUCAUUUCCCGGGAACUUACACUUGGUUCUGGUGUUGCGUCCCACUACUUUGUUCCAGCGGACUCUGUCGGACUUCCUGUUCAAGUUCAACAGGGAUGAGUUCAAAAUGAAGGUGGUGAUGCUGAGUUCUGUGACUGAGCUCCAUGCGUAUAUCGAUCCAGGACAACUAACCAAAGAGUUGGGAGGCACACAGGAAUACCACCAUGACAGCUGGAUCUCGCACCGCACUGCCAUUGAGGCCUUCGCCCUCAUGGUGAAGACCACGGCUCAGACCUUGCAAGCGUUUGGCACUGAGCUUGCAGAGACCGAGUUACCCAACGAUGCUGAGGCCACCACCAUCCUGCUGCAGACGCACACACUGAAAAAGGAUACGAUGAAGGAGGACCUGAGGGUGGCGCAGUCACAAGGAGGACGGCUGCUGGAUUGCAUCAACGAGCCUCUCAAGGCAGACCCCGAAUACAACAUGACGCAUGAUGAACAGGAAAACUUGGCCACUGUGCAGAGACUCCUAGGUCAGCUGGAUGAGACGGAGAUGGCAUUUGACGACUUCUGGGAGCGCCACCGUACCAAGCUGGAGCAGUGUUUGCACCUCCGCCAUUUUGAGCAGCACUUCCGUGAAGUGCGCGCCCAACUCGAUGUGACGUCCGACCGAUUGUCGGGCUUCUCCGAGGUCAGCGUAAGCCCCGCCCAUGCAGAGCACGUCCUCAGAGAGCUCAGCGGCCACGAGGAUAAAGCCCGAGACAUCUUAGACCUCGCCUUGUCCUUGGUCAGUGAAGGUGACAGGCUGAUAGAAAACUCCCACUACGCCGAGGACUCCAUCAGGCCAAAGUGCACCGAACUGAGAGGAGUGUGUGAGGAGAUCAGCUCCACUCUGAGGAGCAAAAAGAGCCUCCUGCUAAGAGCCAUGGAGCUCCACCACGCUCUGGAGGAGGCGUCGCACUGGUGUGAGGAAGGCAUCUUCCUGUUGGCUAACCAGCCAGUGGACCGCUGUCAGUCUCAGGACGGGGCAGAAGCAGCUCUACAAGAACUGGAGCGAUACUUGGAUACAGCAUCCCUGCACACCCUCACUGACCGCAGCGCCAUCUGCUGCCAGUACGAGGCGGUGCUCAACUCUCAGCUCAGGGACCAGAUAGAGAGAGUUUUCCAGAAGCAAAGCUCCGUCCAGGAGAUGUUCGAGAAGAGACGCGUCAGCCUGAAGAAACUCGCCGCUAAACAGACGAGACCAGUCCAGCCAGUAGCUCCAAGACCUGAAGUCAAGUCACCGCAUUCUUCUCCUCAUCUAGAGAGAAAAGACAGGAGAUACUCUGCUGAUAAUGCCCUCUCCAAAAAGGUGGAGUCUCCUGUACACAACGGUGGCACAAGACAUGCUUCUCUUUCAGAAGAAGAAGAAAACUUGGCAGUGCUUCGCCGUCACGUGAUGAACGAGCUGCUGGAGACGGAGAGAGCUUAUGUCGAGGAGCUGCUGUGUGUGCUGGAGGGUUACGCGGCAGAGAUGGACAACCCUGCCAUGGCUCACCUCAUCCCCAGCAACCUGCACAGCAAGAAGGACAUCCUGUUUGGGAACAUGCCAGAAAUCUACCAGUUUCACAAGAGGACAUUCCUGAAGGAACUGGAAGCAUACACUGACUGCCCAGAGCUGGUGGGCCGCUGCUUUUUAGAACGGAUGAAGGACCUGCAGAUCUAUGAGGCUUACUGCCAAAAUAAACCUCGCUCCGAGAGCUUGUGGAGACAGUGCUCCGACUGUGCCUUCUUCCAGGAGUGCCAGAAGAAGCUGGAACAUAAACUUGGAUUGGACUCCUACCUCCUUAAACCCGUCCAGAGAAUCACCAAGUACCAGCUACUGCUUAAGGAGAUGUUGAAGUACAGCAAGGGCUGUGAUGGUUGUGACGACCUACAGGAAGCACUGUCCUCCAUUCUUGGGAUUCUCAAAGCUGUUAAUGACUCCAUGCAUCUCAUUGCCAUCACAGGAUAUGAGGGUAACCUGUCAGAGCUGGGUCGUCUGCUGAUGCAGGGCUCCUUCAGCGUGUGGACCGAGCAUAAGAAAGGUCAUGCCAAAGUGAAGGACCUGGCCAGGUUUAAGCCCAUGCAGAGGCACCUGUUCCUGCACCAGAAGGCUCUGCUCUUCUGCAAGAGGAGAGAGGAGAACGGGGAGGGCUACGAGAAAGCUCCGUCUUACAGCUUCAAACACUCCCUCAGUAUGAGUGCGGUGGGCAUCACAGAGAAUGCCAAGGGAGACAACAAGAAGUUUGAGAUCUGGUGCAACUCGAGAGAAGAAGUUUUUAUAGUGCAGGCCCCGACGCCGGAGAUUAAAACAGCAUGGGUGAACGAGAUCCGCAAAGUUUUGACUCAGCAGCUCAAAGCCUGCAGAGAUGCCAGCCAGCAGAAGAGCUCAGACUCUAUGUCCCCAAGUCCCACCAGCAACAACUCUACUUCCAUCUCUCUCAGCCCUUUCCGUAGCAGCGGUCAGAAGAACCAGAAGAAGCAAGAGGAGAAGAAGACUGAGCCAGCCCCGACCUCUGACAGCAACUCGUCAUCCUCGCCGAAACACAAAGAAGAGCCGGUGACCAGUCCGACCACUGACAGGUCCUCAGUGGCCAAAAAGCGUUUUACUUUGCAGGGCUUCAGCAAUCUCAAGAGUCCCAAAGGCUCGACUCUGAGCCCUGAGCACAGCUCCAAACGCCACCUGGUAAAGAGCGAUCCCACACCGUUUGGGUUCAAAGGCUGGAACAAGGCGUCUCUCUCAGCGGACGCCUCAGAAGAGAACGAUGGGUACUCCAGCGGCGAGGACCCCAUGAACUCUGACCCCGAGGACGAAGUAGGAAAGAAGCUGGCUCCAGGAAAGUAUACUGUGGUAGCAGACUGCGAGAAAGCAGGACCUCAGGAGCUGUCUGUUAAGAGUGGAGACAUGGUCCAGCUGAUCAGAGAAGGAGAGGAGGGACAGUGGUUUGUAAAGAACCUUCGCACCAGUAAGGAGGGCUGGGUGGCAGCAGCAAACCUCCUCAGCCUCAUCUCAGAGUCCAAGUCAUCUCAAUCACUCAGCAGCUCAGAUGGCAGCGUCUCUGGGAACCUCAGCACUUCUUCCAGCUGUAGUGAGACCUACACCAGCUUCUCCGACAUCAAACCCUGACCUGAGUCAGGUCUUCCCAGCUUUUUUUUUUUUUUGUUAAAUCACUGCACCUAAAAUCAUUUUGUACAGGUGGAAAAUGCUUAAAAAACAAAGAAGAAAAAAAGCUGGAGUUUGGUCUGACAGGAGGACAGUCACCCACGUCACAGUUUCUAAAUCCAUCUGAAAACCAAAACUUUCUCUGCAGAUCAGCCAGCGCUGGCUAAGUGCUAACUGCCCCCCUUUUUCCAGAGUAUUUAGAAGAACUGCACUGUCAUUUAAAAUUGUUUUUAUAUUCAAAGGUGUCAGCAUGUUGGUAGAAUUUAAGUAUAGAUUUUUUUUUUUUUGCCGUUCCUUCGAGCGAGAGGGAAAUAUCAGGGAUAUCUGUCAUUCCUCGGCACACAAGUCAUGUGAUGUAUCACCUCCUGCGAGGCCUUCUUUAAAGCUAAAUGUCCGCAGUCUAAUAACUGACUGAACAGGCAGUCCAGGCCUAGUGAUUAUGUAGCAUUAAUGUGGAGAGGUUAGAAAGGACAUCUGCACUAAACACGCGCCGUCUGCAGAGGGGACAGAACUGCUGGUUAGUCGAGCCCCUUCAAGUCGAUGACGACAUCACAGCACGGCGACAGAUUCUUGUGCAGGAGGAUGUUAUGUAGACAAACACCAUCAGACCCCCGAUAACGCUGGCUUUGGUGUCAGUCACUGAUUGCACACUGUGAAAAGUAGCAGGCGGCCGCAAGAGGAAAAAUGCUUUCAGUACAUCUGGGAGGAAAAGUGAGCAGGUUGAUUGCGUGCAGGCGUUUUGUGUUGUUGAAGCUACUAAAGAACGCUGUAUUCCUCACACAUGGAUAAUGAGCUUCCCCUAAAAGCUGUUUUUAUGAUAUUAAGAACCGCACGCAGUCACUAGGUGAAUGUCAACAACAGUGCAACCUGGUGGUCAGGUGUCUUGCACUUCAUUCUAAAUGAAUCUUUUUCCUCCUAUGAGGGAUUGAGCAACCCGCCAGUGCACUGCUCUGGAUUUUUACCUCUCAGGAAGACGUUUCUGUAGGCAGACAGGUGUGACUGCAUACCUGUCUUUGUGUCCGUGGGGGUGCGCGCGCACACUCACCUGAUUGUUUGUGUUGACAACAGACAGCAGUUCGAUCAGAGUUUUUCAGACACAUGUGCAGCCUCUGCUCAAACAGCUGUCGCGGCCCAAAUCUCAGUGUUCUGAAUGUGUGUCUGUUUUUUGUGUCACCGUGCUCACCUAUCUUUGGUCUGCACCGCAGCAACAAAAGCAGGCUUUGUCCCCCUCCUCCUCCCCCCCUCCUCUCUGUGCAACCAGCCCCAUUCAAGCAUGUGACAGUAGCUGCUUCUCCGCAAGCUGGGUUAAUAAUACCACGGCCCGGACCUGCUCGACAUGUUUGCACCUCCGGCCUGAGAGCAAUACUUUGUGUACUUGACACCAAAAUGUAGCUGAGUAAACGUCACAGUUAAGUAACUAGUUUAGAAAAUGUGAUACGUCCACUGUUCUGAUGUAGAUUGAUGCCCAACCGCCUUUGACGACCAGCUGUUCUGCACGCAACUUCUGAAACCUGUGCUAUUCUGAACACUGAAUGACACCUUGCUUUUUAAAUGUUUUUUAAAUAUAUAUCCCAGGAUUUUUACUGUAUCCACGAGGUACACUGUAAAACAAUCGCUCCUUUUUCCACCUGCGUUGUUGAAUGUGUGACACUGUUUCAAACAGGAAACCAGCUUGUCCACCUGCUUGACAAAGCCAUGAUUAACAGUUUUUUUUUCUUAGAUUUUUUUUCUUAAUUGGACUAAAAUCAGUGCUUGUGAUUGCCUUCUCAAGAACUUGCUGAGAAGCACUUUUUUCUUUUAAGAUCCUCCCACUGAACGUAAAGGAAGAGGAAACAAACCAGUUUACAGGCCUUUCGAUGUCAAACUGUGAGCUAAACUGUGGCUUGCAUAGCUGUGCGUCCACGUGCUGAGAAAUAAAUGUUACACUUGUACAGAUGUGUCCUCUUAUACCUCACACUGUUCCCCCUAAAGAGCAUGUAUAUUGUUAAGAGGAGUCUCUCUAUCUCUCUGUAUAUCAUCACUCUGUGUGGCAUGUACUUCAUAAGCCCCAUGCUGUAAACCUCCUGGAGAACUAUUUUUUACCUGUUUGUGAGAGUUUAUAUUCUGCCCUCUUGAGAAAGCUGACAUGGGCACUAAAGUCGUCAGUUUUUUGGUUUUUUUUUGGUCACCCAAAUAAAAUCUUACCGUGUAAUUUGUACUUUUUCGACUCAGAGGCUGGAGACAUGAGAAAGGAUUCUAUUUUUUAAAGUUUGUUUUUAUGCAGCACAUUGCAGCACCCACUGUCUUGAUUUUCCUAUUGCACAUCUACUGAAUAUGCUGUUGAUAUAACAGCAUAUUACAAUUUAAAACUUGUUACAAGACAUAUCCAUGUACAUUUGUAAAUAUGUAAUUCUGACUUGUAUGUAAAUUGAAAAGCAGCUUUAAUAAAGUCUGAAAUGGUUUCCUCUAUUGAA